AUGGAGCGAAUUUCCCGUCGACGGAGGCGACCGGCCCUUUCGUGCAUUGAGUGCCGCCGCCGCAAGAUCAGGUGCGACAGAGGACAGCCUUGUCAGCAUUGCGUCUCGGCCAAGCUGCAGUGCGCAUACAGAUUCUACCGCGAGCCUAGAGAGCACACCACGAUCGCACAGCAGCCGUUGAGUCCAUCAACAGAAGGACCUUCACCUGUAUCACUGUUUCCGCAGAGGACUACUCCUACACGACAAGUCGAUGACGCCUUGAGCCUUCAAGUUACAUCUGUCCCAGCAACAGAGCAGCUUGGUAGUUCACGGCUCAGUGCCAAUGGCAAGAAUGGUGAGAACACACCCGCCAGCUCACAUGAUGAGGAGGCGCGUAUCCACGAUCUUCUACUCCGUGUCCAGAGACUUGAGGAUUCUUCAGCAGCGAACCCUCUACGUGGUCUAUCCGAGACUGGCCGGACCAUUCUUGCUCGACAAUCUGGCUUGCAAAAUUCUCAAGUUAUCUUGAACAAGACACGGAUCUUGAGGUGGAGCCAUUGGAUGGGCACGGCACCAGAAUUUGAACCCAUCUACACCUGCUUCAGCGCAGCCACCAAUAAUGAUCAAGCAGCUCUAGUUCAAGAUCCAUUUCUACAAGCUGAGAUCGCACACGUUGGCCAACUUCUUCAGAAAUGCAAAGAUGCGGCAACGGUUAUCAAAACGCGGCGGUUAGGCCUACCGCAUCCCGAGCCUACUCUACCUCCCCUCGCCCGUGAAGUGGCUGAUGCGAUGGUAUCCCGUUACUUGCACACGUUUGAGAUAACAUACCGUGUGUUUCACAUUCCCAGUUUUUGGGUCGAGUAUCAGAGAUACUGGAGCGAUCCGGAAACCUCUCCUUUCAGCCUCCGUCUCAAAAUGCUUCUUGUCAUCGGUAUCGGAUCCAGCAUUUACGAACGCGAUGAUGUACCUUCUGGGCUUCGCGAUACGGUCUGCCAAUGGAUCCACGACGCCCAAGCUUGGCUGGCUGGCCCGUUAAAGAAAGAUCGCCUCGACUUGUCCGGACUGCAAAUCUACUGCCUCACCAUCCUGGCCCGCCAAAUAUUCUCCAUUGGUGUUGAUUUAGCAUGGAUAUCGGUGGGCUCCCUCAUACAUCGAGCCAUGCAGGUUGGGCUUCAUCGUGACCCCAAACAUCUUCCUCCAAUGUCACUCCUCCAAGCUGAGCUACGGAGAAGACUAUGGGCUACCAUACUAGAAAUGGCCGUACAGUCAUCUUUGGACACGGCGAUGCCGCCGAGGAUAUCCUUUGAUGAGUUCGAUACAGAAGCGCCAUCGAAUAUCAACGAUGACGAACUGGACGAGACAUCAACAGCAAUACACCCUCACCCAAAGACUACUUACACGCAAAUGUCUAUGCAGCUGAUACUCCUUGAUUCUUUACCGACCCGGCUCCGGAUUCUUCAGCUUCUCAGCGGCCUCCAUUCGGAACUCUCCUAUGUAGACGCGCUGGCACUAAGCUCCAAGGUUUCCGAUGCUUGUCGGGCCUAUAACCGCUUCCUGAAAGACAACGAGCAUUCUAAAUCUCUAUUCCAUCGGAACCUGCUUGAAUACCUUAUUCGCCGGUUCAUGAUUCCCUUGCACUGUCCUUUCGCCAGCCAAGCGCACGUCAACCCGCUCUUUCACUUCUCGCUCAAGGUCAGCUUGGAUACUUCAAUGGCAAUCAUAUCUCCUCAGCCGGAUGAUAGCUUUGCUCGUCUCAUGUCUAUCAACUCUGGCUUGUUCCGAGAGGGCCUUCGGUAUGCUUUCACGACCAUCACCUUUGAACUCAUCCAGCAGACUGAGUCGCAGCGGAUCGAGGGUACACUAGGACGCAGCUCACAGCACCGCGACUCAUUAAAACAAGCUGUGCGGGGAAUGAUGGACCUAUCACUGGAACGCAUUCGUCAGGGGGAAACAAACAUAAAAAGCCACAUGUUUCUUAACAUGAUCUUGGCCUUGGUCGAGGCUAAGGAGGCAGAUGUUCCCCAUGAACUCAGGGUUGCCCAAAGUGCAAGAGAAAGCCUGGAGCUAUGCUUUGGUCUUCUACAAUCACAAGUCGGAACGCCUUCAGACUUUACAUCUGGUCAGAUGGGCUUUGCAUCCACGGGUCUUGAUGAGCAAGGAGGAUCGAUGCUGGACUUUGACCUGGACUUCUUUUUAUCGGAUACGGAUUUCUCUUGA